AAAGUCCCGCUCCGCCGUGACGGCGACGGGCGGGAAGUGCCCUGGGUGCAGGAGGACGUGCAGGAACUGGAAAGUAACUGCAAGCAGGUACUGGCAGGCGCCAACAACUCUGCUCUGUUGGAGCGAAGGGAACCCUCCUCCUUUACGCGGGGCUCGGUAUGGAAGGAGCGCGAGGAGCGGAGCGUAGCCUGCUUCGAGAAGGACGUGACGCUGCUGGGCCGGCGCCGCGAGGUGGUCGACUACUCGAACGAGCAGCUUCCAAGGCGGUGGGUAAGCUUCGAGAAGGACGUGACGCUGCUGGGCCGGCGCCGCGAGGUGGUCGACUACUUCCUGAGCAGCCGGGGCGGCGCGUCGGACUGCGUGUCCCGCCUGCACGCGCGCGUCAUCCGCGCGCCCGGCGCCUACCAGCUCGUGGACUGCAGCCUCACGGGCGUCUACGUGAACGACACCCGCAUCGGCGGUAAAGUCGUCCUGCAGAAAGGGGAUACUGUUGUAUUUGGGCAUCCCACGGAAAGACACCUCAAGCCCGGAACGUGGGUUCGGCAGCCCAACUCGCAGCUCUGCUUCCUGGAAAAACGGGACAGGGAAGAAGUAGAAAUGGAAGUUCGUUCAGCAGUGUCUGCUCAUGAGGAGCCCGAGGUUCCCAUGGGCAUUGAGAGGGCGGACGAUGAGUUUGCAGCGGACACAUCAAUGCUUCAGGGUUGGGAAGGGUCUGGCAGCGAAUUGGGAUAUGAAACUGCUGAGACUCCAGGGCUCAGCGCUCGGGCUGUGAAUCAACUUGACACCGCAAAAGAAGAUACAAAUAAUGUGUCCGUAGUGAGGACGUACGAGGAGAAGGCAGCAGGAGAGGCAGGUCCUCACACAGAGAGCUCGGAGGAGCGGCGGGAGCCCGGUGCUUGUGCAUGGGAGGCCUCACGUCAGGCUGCCCGUUCUACAGAAAUGGAAACAUGUGAAUAUUAUCCCAAGGAAGAAAACUAUUCUACUGACAGCUCAACAGACCCAGUCGCUGACAUAAGAAAUAACUCAGAAAAUGGUAACCCUAUGAAACCAGAAAGGGCCCUGGAGGGUGAGCGCGGUGCUGCGGAACAGCGGGAGGAAGAGCAAGGGGCAGAACAUGCGGGUGUUGCAGCGCCUGCAGCCGGGGCGGCUCCGCACGGAGCGCAGGAGCCGGAGCCCGCGCCUGGCGGGUCAGCGGAAUGUGACCGCGCCAACGCCACGCUCGCAGGGAGCUCAGGAAGCCUCUGCGGAGCGGGGAGCUCUGAUGGGAAAGCCAGGAUUGGCGGCGGAGCGGCGAGCGGGAGCCAGCAGGACUGGGCUGUGUCGGAGGACGACGUGGCGCUGCAGCGGCAGCGGUGCCAGGCCGUGCUCGCAGACCUCUCGCGGGUGCUGCGUGCCGUGGAGGGCAUCGACGGGGAGCGCGUGGAGGAGUGGAGAGAACAGAUCGACAAGCUGCAGAGAGACACCAAGAUGCCGAGGACGUCCAUCGCCGUGGUGGGGAACACGGGCGCAGGGAAGAGCAGCCUGCUGGGCGAGGAGGCCGUGCUGCCCACGUCGGCGAUGCGCGCCUGCACCGCCGCCGUCGUGGAGAUCUCCAGGGCUGCCGAGGGCAGCCCCUACGAAGCGGACGUGGAGUUCCUCUCCAGAGAGGAAUGGUUCAGCGAGUUGGAAGCGCUCCUCAAGGAUAUGAAGGACAAGUCAGGGAAGCUGAAGAAGCGGUGCCCAGAUCGCAAGACAGAGGCUGGUGCUGCCUACAGCCGCGUGAAGGCCGUGUACGGGACGGUGGCAGAGCUGGCAGAGCUGGAGGCGCUGCAGGAGGUCACCCAGCACCUCGGCACCGUGAAGCACGUCUCUGCUGCGACGGCCACAGAUUUUCGCUCAAAAAUAGAGAAAUUUAUUGACUCCCGAACUGAUAACUUGCGGGACAUGAAAGGUGGGGAAUUCUGGCCCAUCGUGAAAUGUGUCAAGAUUCGCGUUCCCAAGGCCGAUGUCCUGAAGACAGGAGCAGUGCUGGUGGACUUGCCCGGCAUCCGGGAUUCCAAUGCUGCCAGGGAUAACGUGGCCAAAGAGUACCUCAAAAACUGCAACGCCGUGUGGGUGGUGGCCAACAUCAACAGGGCUGUGGAUGACAAGACGGCCAAAGAGAUGCUGAGCAUCAACCUGCGGAGGCAGCUGCUCAUGGACGGCCAGUACAGGCGCUUGGCCUUCGUCUGCACCAAGACCGAUGCCUUCAACGUUUCAGAAAUAAUCAGUGAUCUGGAUUUAAAAGACGAGAUUGUGCCGAUUGAGAGGGAGCUGGAAGGCCUGGAGACCCAGCGAGCGCAGCUGGAGCUGGAGAAGGAAAUUCUCUAUGCGGAGCUGCAGCAGGAGGAAACUGUGCACAGCCCGGCAGGGAAACGAGCUGCACACACAGGUUUUCCAGACCAAGUGGAGGAGGUGGGGGAGCCCCGGAGGGCGGAUGGCUCUGCAGGGUGCAGGGAGCGUGAGCUGAUGUCCAAGCAGCCGCAGAGCUCCCCAGCUUCUCGUAUCCAGUGA